AUGCCGUAUUUCGUCGGCGACGCAGAGAACGACGUGUCCGUGCUGGCACAGCCUCUUCCGUCGCCCGGUCCCGUCAGCUUUAGCAAGGGCGUGAGCUCGACGAUUUCGAGUCGGCCUGUUGUCGGUCCUCUCGCUUCGGUCGACACCAACGGCUUCGCUCAUGGCCACCGUGGCCACCGUGGUCCUCCGCCUCCGCCGUCGUACCAGCCGCCAUCUCCGCCGCCGACGCUCACCGAUGGUCUCUACGACCGCCACUCUCCCUACUCGUCCGACUCUACUUCCAUCUCCGGACUCUCCACCGCCUCCUCUUCGCCAGACAUGAAUGGCCAUGGCCGUCCUGGCAGCAGCUCCCGCUCGCAUCCGAUGCGGCCAUCGUCCUCGUCCUCGGCCGUCUCGCUGGCUCUCUCGCUGACACAGCCUAACCGUCCGCCUCCGCUGCCGCCUGCUUCCUCGUCUUCUGCUCCUCAUGUGUCUCACACACCUUAUGCGAGACAGCCGUCGCCAUCGCCGCCGUCACUACCACCACCGCCGCCGCCCAAGACCGACUCACUUUCCCGCAUUCCUAAGCUGGCCACCAACGGUGUCCCCAUCUCCGUUCCCAGCCCGCUGGUCGACCGCACUCGCGUUAUGCCCGAAGGCGCCGCCCCCCGUCUGCCGGGGCUCAGACAGCACCAACACCUCAUCGACGACGCCCAGACGCGCAACUCUAUGGCCUCUACCGUCGGCAGUUCUAUUCUCUCGCCGACCGGCUUGUCUGCAAGCCUGGUGUCACAACAACAGCAACCGCAAUUAUUACAGCCACAGCAGAACUCGCCCGCUGCACCGCAUCGCUUCUCCUCUCCGCCGGCCUACAUUCCCGGCACCGGAGGCUCGGCCCCGUCGUCUUCGGGUGGCCCCCUUCCACCGCCGCUGAAGCAUCGCCACACGCUCGAGGUACCCAAGCCGGCCUCGACCGCCCGCAACUCGCGUGAGGGUGUCGAUGCGGCCACGCUCGUGUCCGGCCGGUUCUCGCCCACGGCCACGGCCGGCACAGGCAGCAUCAGCGGCAGCGUCGGCGGACGGCGGGCAUCGCUCAGCCUCGGGCGCAAGAACACGCGAUCGAUGCACUCGGACAUGCCGCGCGACGAGGUCGUGCCGGACGAAGACGCCCUUAGGUGGACCGAGGCGUACCGGCAGAAGCGGGCAACCAAGAAGCGGCGGCUCGAGCAGGACGACGACCAGGUCCUCGUCGGCACAAAGGUCGACGAGACCCAUGCCAACUGGGUGGCCGCCUACAACAUGCUGACCGGUAUCCGCGUGUCGGUAUCGCGCACCAACGCCAAGUUGGAUCGACCGAUCACGGACGAGGACUUUGAGGCCCGGCAGAAGUCGACCUUUGACAUUGCCGGCAACGAGCUCGUGCCCUCGGCCAAGUACGACUUCAAGUUCAAGGACUACGCCCCCAUUGUCUUCCGCCGCCUGCGCGCCAUGUUCCACCUCGACCCGGCCGACUACCUCAUGUCACUGGCCGGCAAGUACAUCCUCUCCGAACUGGGCUCGCCCGGCAAGAGCGGCAGUUUUUUCUACUUUUCGCGCGACUACAAGUACAUCAUCAAGACCAUCCACCACUCCGAGCACAAGUUUCUGCGUAAGAUCCUCAAGGAGUACUACCAGCACGUUAGCGACAACCCCAACACCCUGCUGUCGCAGUUUUACGGUCUGCACCGCGUCAAGGUGCCCUACGGCCGCAAGAUCCACUUUGUCGUCAUGAACAACCUCUUCCCGCCGCACCGCGACAUCCACCAGACCUUUGACCUCAAGGGCUCGACCAUCGGCCGCGACUAUCCCGAGGAGCGCGUCGCCGGCAAUGCCCGCGCCACCCUCAAGGACCUGAACUGGCUGCGCCGCCAGGAGCACCUCGAGCUGGGCAUGAUCAAGAAACGCCUCUUCCUCGAGCAGCUGCAGAAGGAUGUCAAGCUGCUGCAGCGCCUGCAUAUCAUGGAUUACUCCCUGCUCGUCGGCAUUCACGACAUCCGCCGCGGCAACGAUGAGAAUCUGCGCGGCAAGACACUACAGGUCUUUGAGCCCGGCACCGACAGCAACAACCCGGACGGCAACAACGGCGACCCCCAGUCCGUCCUGCUGCGCACGCCUAGCCGGCUCGAGCAUCAGCGCAAGACCCGUGAGCUGCGCCAGAUGCUCAAGGCUGAGCGACCCAUUCCCAUCGGCCAGAGCGCCAACAAGAUGCCCGACGAGCUGGACGACAACCGCCAGUCCGUCUUCUACAACGACAGCGGCGGCUUCCAGGCCACCCAUGAGGACAACACGCCGUCCGACGAGGUCUACUAUCUAGGCGUCAUUGACUGUCUGACACACUAUGGCAUGGUCAAAAAGAUUGAACAUUUCUGGAAGGGCCUAUCGCAAGACCGAAAUAAGAUCUCGGCCCUCCCUCCCCAACACUACGGCGACCGCUUUCUCAAGUUUGUCUCAGGUGUCACGAUGUCGCCCGAGGAUGCAGCAAAAGAGCGUGCCCAGGCGGCCGAAGCCGAGGCCCUGGCCGCAGUUGAAGCAGCAGUAGGAGCGGCCGAGGCGGCUGCCAUGGAAGCUGCCGCAGCGAAUGGCAGUGGCACUAACGUGCCGGCGAUUGCAAUCUCUUCCGGCCGAGACAAGGGCAAGGAAGCAGCACACUCGGGCAGCUGGGCCAGCUCGAUGCGGCAUAGGAACGCCGGACCGGGACACCGGAACACGGAAGACGCAGAAGGCUCGGCCUCAACGACGGCAGCACACCGCGCAGCAGAAUACGACGCGCUUCAACGAGGGGCUGUGGCCAGCGAAGGUAUGAUGACUAAGAUCACGGUCACGACGAGCGGUGGCACGCUGCUGCCGGGCGCCGUCGGACCGUCUGGGUCGCAGCAGCAGCCGGUGCUUCCGAUUGUCGAGGAAGCGGGUGAGGCAUCGUCGAUCGGAGGACAGAGUCGCCACAACAGCCGGCCCAGCAGCAAGAGGUCGAUGAGGAGUCUGUUUGCUGGCCACCGGCCGACUUCGCCCGCAAAGGGCGAACGAUCAGGUGGCGAGAAUGGCGGCAGCAGCAGCAACAACAACAACAACAACAACAACAACGGCAACAACACUCUCAAGCCCGACAGCGCCGACAGCGGCUACGGCGUGUCCGGGACGCGAUCCCGGUCCGGCACGGUGGGCUCGAACCACAAGGCAGCGAUACAGCUGAGCCGUGAGAGCCUGGACAAGGACCUGCCACCACUGCCGCUGUUGCUGUCAGGACCGAAUGGAAGGGCUUGA